AAAAAAUCCGAAACGCCGCGAUUUUGCCUAGUCUUCUGGAUCCAACAUUCAAUUGAAGGAACGUUGUGUUGUUUGCGAACUCUUUCUAGGGUUCUUAAUUCCUCUCCCUCACUCGAUAAGCAGCUCUCGAAUUCCCGCUCCGUCAUCUUCGCUUCUCUCAGCUCUCACGAGGCGUUUUCACUGUGAUAUUAUGGAUGUUGAGCAUUUGAACGAGGUUCUUCCUUCUGUGGAAGUGGAACAUUCUGGUUCUGAAGCUGCAAACCAGCACUGUGGCACUGAGAAGGAGGAGUAUGCCAAUUCCUCGCAAGAAAAGGGUUUGCAUGUGGGAUCCGAGCUGAGUGACACGGUGGUGGUCUCGGAGGAAGUGCGUCCUGACAUCGAUGGAAGAGCUGUAUCAGGUGCUAAAAGAGCCAGGAUUACUGUUGAAGAGCAUCAACCUUCAGUUCAUUUCAUUUAUAAUUCACUAACAAGAGCUAGUAGACAGAAGCUUGAGGAGCUUCUACAACAAUGGUCUGAAUGGCAGGCUAAACAUGUUCCCAAAUCAGAUGAUCUUAGUGAAGUGUUGGAGUCUGGUGAGAAGACAUUUUUUCCUGCACUAUGUGUUGGACUUGAAAAGACCUCUUCCGUGUCAUUCUGGAUGGAGAACCAGACAAGUAUUGAUAAAAACAAAGAUUUCAUUCUAGAUGGUGAUUCUGUGCCCCUAUAUGAUCGUGGAUAUGCUUUGGGAUUGACUUCAGCUGAUGGUUCAAGUAAUUUAGAUGGUGGACUGGAAAUCAUUGAAGAUGCUAGCCGAUGCUUUAACUGUGGUUCUUACAAUCACUCUCUGAGAGAAUGUUCAAGGCCUCGUGACAAUGUUGCUGUCAAUAGUGCUCGCAAACAACGGAAGUCCCGGCGGAACCAAAAUGUUUCUUCCCGCAAUCCAACUCGAUACUAUCAGAAUUCUCCAGCUGGAAAAUAUGAUGGUUUGAGGCCAGGUGCUCUUGAUAAUGUAACCCGUCGACUCUUGGGCUUGGGGGAGCUUGAUCCACCUCCAUGGCUUAACAGAAUGCGAGAAAUAGGAUACCCUCCUGGAUAUCUUGAUGUGGAUGCUGAGGAUCAGCCUUCUGGUAUUACAAUAUACACAGAUGCGGAGAUUGCAGAACAGGAGGAUGGGGAAAUUAUGGAAGCAAAUCAUUCAAAACCAAAGCGGAAAAUGACUGUUGGAUUUCCAGGAAUAAAUGCUCCUAUUCCAGAAAAUGCUGAUGAAAGAUUGUGGGCUGCUGGGGCUGGACCCUCUAGUUCAGAUGUUUCAAGAAACUUGCCACAGCACAGGUCAAAUCAUAAUACCGAUCAUGGCAGCAGAGGUCAUUAUCGCGAGCAGAGAUUAGGGGAUUUAAGGGAUGAUGGUCCUCCUGGGGAUCCAGGACACAGUUCAUUACAAUAUAGUUUUCAUCCCAGGUUUGGUGGCCAUGAAUCUAUACCAAGAAGUUCUUCGGCGGGAAGGUCCCAGGACAGGAACAGAAGUCCCUUGCAUGAUGCAGAGUCCCCGAGGCCAUUUUCCUUCCAUUCUCUUCAUUAUACGUCAUCAGGGAGGCUUUCGCCCAUGGACCGGGAUUCUGGCAGGCUUGAAAACUGGACCCCUGAAAGCCUAUAUGAUAGAGACCGUAAUCUUCCAUCUCGAUUUGUGGACAGGCCAGACGACUAUCACCAUCGCAGGUGGAGGUGAUAAGCCAUUUGUCAUGGCUUUGUAUGCACUCUCCUCUGUUUGUCAUUAGAGCUCACUACUUACUCCUAACUCUCAUUUGCUUAUAGAAUGGAUUAUCAGCUUGUACUAUCGUUGAUUUUAUUUAUUUUUUGGGUCAAAAUAAUUGUGUAUUAAACGGGGUUAAGUUUCUGUAGCCACUGGAUGCUUUAGGCUGUGUUUAAAAUCCUUGCAAUAGAACAUUAUGCAUGAUUAUUUGUUC